AUGAUUGACGAAUCCUUUCAUACAAUUUUUGCAUUCGCAUUGCAUCGAGACACAAAACCAAAGGACAUGGCCUCAUUAGAUUCCCGGAACUCACCUCCAAACCCAUCUUUUGCAAUAAGAGAAACUUCUGCAGCCCACAAAUUCCUGAGAUGCAUCUCUUCGAAAGAAACACCCUCGUUCUCCCAUUUUUCUUACACCCCACCACCUCGUCUAAGCACUUCAAACACUCACACCUCUCCAAUAUUCUCCUCUCCUCCUCAUCAAUGCUCUUGCACCCCAGUCGAUAACCUACUCAACAACCUUGAAAGCACUUAUACUUACAGGUGCCUGUCCUCUGUCCUCAAAAAAGAUGGCCAGAUAUUAUCUAUAGCCAUGUCAAAUGGUCUUAUCUAUACUGGUUCUGCCACCAAUCUCAUACGGUUGUGGAAAUUACCGGAGUUCACCGAGUGUGGCCAACUUAAGACUAAGGCCUGCAUGGUUGUUGCAUUACAAGUUUCACAUGAUAGGGUUUAUGCUGCCUAUGCCGACGGCAAGAUUCGAGUGUGGAGAAGAUCAUGGGAUGGAGCUUUCAAACAUAUCCGGUUGGCGACCAUUCCUAGCUCCGGUGGUUAUUUCCGAAGCUUUAUUGCCCGGAAAGAUAAGAUGAUCAAGCAUGCCGGGCCGAUUACAUCAUUAGCAAUCAACAUUUCAGAUGACAUCCUAUACUCAGCUUCCCUUGAUAAAACAGUGAAGGUAUGGCGAAUAUCAGACCUCAAAUGCAUUGAGACCAUCAAAGCUCAUUUAGAGCCCGUCAACGCCAUUGUCGUUGCCGACGAUGGUAUACUUUACACCGCCUCCGACGAUGCCUCAAUCAGAGUAUGGCGGCGCAACUUUUGUAGCGGGGAACGACCCCAUUCGCUCACUGUAACCCUACCGGCCAAGCACUCACCUGUGAAAACUCUAACCCUAAACUCAGAUAACAGGGUGCUGUACGGUGGGUGCACAGAUGGUUUCAUUCACUAUUGGCUCACAGGGUGGUUCUCAGGCCAACUACAAUAUGGCGGUGCACUCCAGGGCCACACGCAUGCAGUACUGUGCAUGGCCAAUGUGGCAAAAUAUGUGAUCAGUGGCUCAGCUGACUCAACCAGUAGGGUUUGGGUGAGAGAAUCAGAGGGACAACACACAUGCGUAGCAGUUUUAGUCGGUCAUAGAGGACCUAUUAGGUGUGUUACUGCAUUUCUGGGGCGAUCAGAGGAUGAUAAUGAAGACGGGUGCACCAUUUGCACUGGAAGUCUUGAUGGGGUCUUGAAAUUGUGGCGUGUGACUCGUACCAACAAGGAAAGUGGGUAUUUUUCGCAAAAUGCAUGCGAUUAUUUUGAUCUGCAGUAG